AUGAAACGUCGCAAGAAACCGAACACUCUGUCCCACUCGCUCCAGUUACUACAUAUACUCCGCACUCUUGCAUCUUUUGCUCACUCCAAUGCGUCUGGCAGGAUAAUAGAACCUUCAAAACUGUCUGGCUACUUCAGAAACUUUGGUCGGGGCGCUGAGUGUGGAUGGUGUUGGUCGGGCGCCGGCGAUGGCGGCGCGGUGCGGGGGGAGGGCGGGGCGCGGGCGACGGUGAGGUCGGGGUGGGGGGGCGUGAUGCGUGGGCGCGUGUGGUUGCUAUGCGUGGUGUGGUUCGCAUGCGCGGCGUGGCCCGCCGUGGCGGCUACAGCUGCGGGCCAGGAGCUACGUGUGCUUCAGGCGGACGCGCAAGCAGUCUUCUACGUGGGCAUCGCCGCGCCGCCAUCGGCCACCGCCGUCGUGACAGCCUUCAACCAGUCGCUGGCGGAGAUCUCGCAUACGUACCUCGCUGGCGACAACCCACUCUAUCUACGCAACAUCACGCUUCAGCCUCUGUACAUAGAGCUGCCAGAAGAUGAAAGAUUUAGCGUGCGGUUGCUGGAGCAGACCUGCUCAGCCAUCGGUGGUCGGCGGGUCGCGGCGCUCUUCGUGUACGGCGGCGGCCCAGCAUCGGCCGCCGUCGUCACCGCCGCCAGCCGAGCCGGCGUCCCGGUGUUAAGGGCCUCGCCUUCGCAUCUGCAUCUCUCUUAUACUAUCGCCAACGAUAUGCUUCCUUUGGAAAUACGGCUAGAAAUAACAGCAAGAGAAACCCUCCAUGCGCUCAGGGCCACCCUCCUACACACACAUUGGCACUCUUUUACUUUGCUUGCCGUUGAAGAUAUCUAUUCAACAUUAUCCCUGAGGAAGGACCUGUCUUCAAUUCUAACCACUCAACCGCUUAAUCCUAAAUGGCUUUCGCUGCCAAUGAAGUACUCCCGUCAUGCUCUUUUCAGGCGUCUUGCUGAAGUCUCCAGAUUAACUCGUGGUGUCGUGGUCUUGAUAUGUGACAUCGACUACGCCAAGCUUGUCAUGGAUGAAGCCAAGCGACUGAACAUGCUUGAUGGCCAUUUCUUUUGGCUUUGGGUUGAUGCUUCUAGGGAGUUUGAUGUCUUCCAUAACAUCGGCAAUAGAACACAAUACGCAAAUGACAAUGGUUUUGAAAGUUUUUGGGAUAAAGUUGGUACAUCAGACCACAAACGCUUUGAUCGCCAUAGAAGAGACGAUGCAGACAAUAAUUCUACAAACGGGUUCAAGAAUUCAUCAAAGAAAUAUGAAAAGCUACUUAGAAAAAUUAAUGAAAAUGAGAUAAAGAUAAAGUCUAGUUCAAUAAAUACGAGUUUUCAUCGUAUUAGUAGUAAUAAGAGUAUGUCGGAAGCGCACAGUGUUAACAAAAAAUUAUUAAAUGUAAAUUUUAGAAAAUCGUUCGACAGUAGUCGCAAUAUUAGUUCAGAAAAUAUUAGAAAUUAUAAUGUAAAUAUCAAAGGCGUUGAAACUUCUAAAAUCGAAAGGAAUUCAAUUGAGAAAAGAAAAAUGUCCUUUUACAAUAGAGAUAUUACUAGUAAUAAUAGCUUUAGUAAAAUGAAAAACGAAUCUUUUAAUAAAUAUGUAAAUAGCAUAAACGUAGAUAGAGUGAAUAGUGCCGAAGAAUCUUUAGGUGAAGAAUAUAUACACAAUAAUGAGAUAAAUAAAAAACUAAAAAAUAAAUUAUUAAUCUCAAGUGAUAUUAGUGAUUUCUUAAUGAAUCCCACGGUGCAAACGUCAGUUACGCAUAAUUUAAGAUAUAAAAUCGAAAAAAGAGGAGACCGAAACGUAAGGAAUCAAAUAAAUAUAGCUAAUGAGGAUAAUAAAACUAAAGAUAAUUUCACGGAAAUUUUCAAUAGUUUUCCUGUGGGAUUAUUAGCCCUUCAUCCGCAACCAAUGAAGAUUGAUCGGGCAUUUGUCCAGACAGCUGUGAGAAUGACUGUUGGAGCGUUGCGUCGAGUGUUGCGCGCUUGUGAUGCGUGGUCUGCACAAGCGCAGUUCUUUAGCGAUGCUGUGGCAUCGUGCUGGGAUGAACCAAGUGAUGCUGCAACAGAUUUCUCAACAGAAUUUGUAAGGGAGACACGAUUAGCUGCGACGGCAGCUUUAGCAGGGAAUACUGAUAAAUCUGAGCGAGCACUCACAGCCUCUUUUGGUCUCCUCAACUUAGUAUCAAAUGAAGAUGGGGGAAAUAUUUGGAGACAAGUGGGACGUGUUCAGGGUCGUGAUGUUAGACUUCACACAAUAGUAUGGCCUGGGGGCCGCUUGGUUGCACAUGGUCAAUCAGAUGGUGCCCGCACAAUUUUUCGAAUCGUAACUGCUUUAGCACCCCCUUUUGUCAUGGAAGGAGAACUAGAUGAAGACGGCCAAUGUCUAAGAGGUCUCCCAUGUCAUCGACCACAAACUUCUGACCGUGACAAUCUCACACUUGCAUUCAAUGAACUCGAAAGGGAUUCGGAUCAAGAAGAAGCAGAUUUCUUUUUUCCAACACCUAAGCCCAUGUAUUCACGUAUGGCUACUCACUGCUGUUAUGGAUUAGCUAUGGAUUUACUAGAAAAUAUUGCACAGGAAUUGGAAUUUGAUUUUCAUUUGUAUAUCGUAGAAGACGGUUUAUAUGGAUCGAGAAAACUAGUAAAACCGUUCCAUAAAUUAAGUGAAUAUAGAAGUACUGUUAGUGAUUACCUUAAUCAACAAAGUUAUCGUGCCCAAUACCGUAGUGGGUAUACUGGUUUAGAUAAUGACUAUACAUACGAUGAUGACUUUGAUGAUGAGCCUGAAAAAUGGACUGGAAUUAUUGGAGACUUAGUUUCUGGAGCUGCACAUAUGUCAUUUGCAGCAUUGAGUGUGUCAUCUGCCAGAGCCGAAGUAAUCGAUUAUAGCCAACCAUACUUUUUUAGCGGAGUUUCAAUAUUAGCAGCACCAAAUCAGAGACCGGAUAUACCAUUAUUAGCUUUUUUAUUACCAUUUUCACCUGAGUUGUGGAUAGCAAUAUUUACGUCACUUAAUGUGACUGCUAUCGCCGUAGCUAUUUAUGAGUGGCUGUCUCCUUUUGGGUUGAAUCCUUGGGGACGUCAAAGAUCAAAGAAUUUUAGUAUUUCAAGUGCCCUUUGGGUGAUGUGGGGACUCCUUUGUGGACAUUUAGUUGCUUUUAAAGCUCCAAAGAGCUGGCCUAACAAAUUCCUCAUUAAUGUUUGGGGUGGAUUUUCUGUGAUAUUCGUCGCCAGCUACACUGCCAAUAUAGCCGCCUUAAUAGCUGGAUUGUUUUUUCAUAAUGCUGUUGAUGAUUUUCAAGGACGAAGUAAUUGGCUAUCGUUGCGGGUGGGGACAGCUAAGUCAUCGGUAUCUGAAUAUUAUGUCCAAAGAAAUAACCCACAGCUGGCACAACAAAUGCGCCGUUACGCUCUCCAAGAUAUUGAAGAAGGCAUCCAAAGGCUAAGGAAUGGUACUCUGGACCUUUUAAUAGCGGACACACCAGUUUUGGACUAUUACCGGGCCACUGACCAUGGAUGUAAACUGCAACGAGUAGGUGACCAUGCUCUUGCCGAAGAUACAUAUGCUAUUGGAAUGUCCAAAGGUUUCCCACUAAAGGACAGUAUAUCAGCAGUUAUAGCAAAGUAUUCAUCAAACGGAUAUAUGGAUAUUCUUACUGAAAAGUGGUAUGGAGGUUUACCUUGUUUCAAAUUAAGCCCGGACUAUGGAAUUCAACCAAAACCGUUAGGCGUGGCAGCGGUGGCAGGCGUAUUCAUUUUACUUGGAGUGGGAAUGAUCGUCGGCUGCCUCAUAUUGAUCCUUGAACACCUGUUUUAUAAAUAUACUCUGCCUGUGCUGCGUCACCAACCCAAAGGAACAAUAUGGAGAAGUAGAAAUAUCAUGUUUUUCAGUCAGAAACUGUAUAGGUUCAUCAAUUGCGUGGAAUUGGUAUCUCCUCAUCAUGCUGCAAGAGAAUUGGUCAACACUAUAAGACAAGGACAUUUCACAUCAUUGUUUCAAAAAAGCGUGAAAAGGAAGGAACAUGAACAGCGUAGACGCCGUAAAAGUAAAGCACAAUUGUAUGAGAUGAUACAGGCUAUUAGAAGAGUGCAACAGCGUGACCAUUCCCUGGGUUCAAUAAAAGAGCAGGAAACCGUCGAGACCACCGAAGUUUCGGAAGAUCUGACGGAAUCCAAAUUUUUGUCUCCUUCUCCGGAAGUACCUGCGCGAUCACCACGCCCUCAAGGUCGCUCACCCCGAUUGCUCCGUUCACCACGAGGUAGACGAAAAAGAUGUAGUCUAGCAGGUCUCAACGUCAGAAGAUUUAGUACAGAUUCUGUUCUUGAUUCCGAAUCAGUUUCCGUAUCAAAUAUAUACGAAAGAACCAGUCUAAACAUUGGAAGGAGACUAAGUCGCGAUGUAAGUUGCCUCACCAACUCUCCGCCAGAUAUCAACACCCGUCUAAGAACUCCCUCUCCAAUGGUAAGAAGAGCCGAAGGAUCAUCCACCAGAUCAUAUCAGGAUGUUUCAGAUAGAUCUGAUAAUUACUUAAAUACGGGCCUACCGGCUUCGCGUGCUAGUGUUGAAAUUCUAGUAUCUGAAGAAAAUGAGGUUCCUCCAGCUCCUCCCUAUCCAAGAAUGCCACCAAUGGGGGCGCGAUCUGAAUUAUCGUUGCUUUCAGAAGAAGAACUAAUUCGUUUAUGGCGCAGUUCGGAACGAGAAGUAAGAGAGGCUCUUCUAGCAGCCCUACAGGAAAGACGAGCCAACUUAGAUCCAAAACAGGACCCUGGAUGA